AUGGUGAGGUUAUUACGGCUUGCUGGCCUUGCUGCCGGCGCGCUUCUACAGACGGCUGCUGCUCUGGAGGUGAACUUUGCGGAUCAGACCGAUGUGUUUGAGGCUGCGUCGACGAUUGCCUUUGGCCUCAUGAAGUACUAUACAGGAAAUAACACAGGAGAUGUGCCGGGAAACCUCCCCGAUCCGUACUUCUGGUGGGAGGCCGGUGCCAUGUUCGGACACUUAAUAGACUACUGGCACAUCACCGGAGAUGAAACAUACAACAACCUAACGAUACAAGCGAUAGUCCACCAAUCCGGUGACCUACGCGACCUCAUGCCCAAGAACCAAACGAGCACCGAAGGCAACGACGACCAGGGCUUCUGGGCCAUGUCCGUCAUGCAAGCCGCCGAGAACAACUUCCCAAACCCGCCCGCUGACCAGCCCCAGUACCUCGCCCUCGCCCAGGCCACCUUCGACCUGUACGUAUCUCGAUGGGAGCCCCAGGACUGCAACGGCGGCCUGCGCUGGCAAAUCUUCGCCAUCAACCCGGGCUUCAACUACAAGAACGCCAUCUCCAACGGCUGCUUCUUCAACAUCGCCGCCCGCCUGGCCCGGUACACGGGCAACCAGACCUACGCCGAGUGGGCCGAGAAGGUAUACGAUUGGGAGACAGAGGUGGGCUUCAUCACGCCGCAGUUCACCGUCGAGGACGGCGCCCAUGUCGAGGACCAGUGCGCGCAGAAGACCGAGUUCCUAUGGAGCUACAACGCGGGGAUCCACCUCCACGGCGCCGCCGUCAUGUACAACAUCACGGGAAGCGAGGUGUGGAAGGCGCGCCUCGAUGGCCUCCUCGCCACCACCGUCGAGGUCUUCUUCAACAAUAGCAUCAUCUUCGAGCAAGCCUGCGAGCCCUUCCAGGUAUGUAACAUCGACCAGCGUUCUUUCAAGGGAUACCUCCUCCGCUGGAUGGCCUCGACGGCUCACCUCGCCUCCCACACCGCCGACAUCAUCCGCCCUCUUCUCCAGGCCUCGGGCGAGGCAGCCGCCCUCUCAUGCGAUGGCUCCGGCUCCCCGGGUGUCGAUUUCAGGGGUCACCCCGGUACCGCGUGCGGGCAGGACUGGUCGAAGAAGACGUUCGACGGGUUCGCUGGUGUCGGGGAGCAGAUGAACGCUCUGGCUGCCGUCAUCUACACGCAGGGCGGCGCGUCGGCUGCCCCAGUCACGCUGGACUCGGGCGGUACGUCCCGGGCUGAUGAGAGUGAGGGGACGACGAAGAAGAGCAAAUAUGAUUUUGCGCCGAUCGAAACGAAGGACAGGGUUGCCGCGGCGUUUGUGACGGUUGCCUUUUGUCUGGGUGUGGUGAUUGGAACGGUAUUUAUGAUUCUCGACUGA